CAGCAUCCACGUCGUCGUCGAGCUCCGCAAACAAGGGACAUACUGCAAUUUCAACCUCAACAUUCUAUUCUGUUCUAAAAGAGAGGCCGAAGCGUUUUGUUCAUGCAAACCUGCUAGAUGUUAUCGACCCUAAUGAGAGCGAUUUUUCCGCUGAUGAAAAAAAAGUGACGAAGAAGUGUCUGGAGACAGCCGUGAUGAAGGAGAUGCCAUCCAAACUGAGGUAAAAGAAGCUGAGGAAGAGGUUGCUACCUCGACAGAUGCGCCUCCUGUAGAUCGGAAUCGAACACCGCGGAACACGAAAAGGCGGUACACAUGGGUGAAGAAGGAUUUUGAUAUCAAGGCAGGUAGUUUCGAGAACAACUUUCCGCUGCCACCUGCAGAGCCGCUGAGUGCAGUGGAAUACUUUGAUAUGUUUGUUUCUCGAUCCAUGCUAAAGGCUGUCGUCGAUGAAAGCAAUAAGUACUACUUUCAAAAACAUGGAACCACUCUAAACCUCACCGUAGAAAAACUUACACCUGUGCUGGGCAUGUUUUUCAGGAUGGGACUCGUAAACAUACACAGGGUUCGUGCUUACUGGGAAAAUGGAAGUAGAUAUGAAUUAGUAGCCCAGGUAAUGUCCCAUAACAGAUUCGAAAAGAUCACAAGCCACCUGCAUUUUUUCGAUAAUGAAGCGGCCAAUGACAAAGUAAAAGAAGACAAAUGCUGGAAAGUGCGCCCAUGGCUCAGUUCCUUGCGCAGCAACAUGGUUGUCUUGCCCCAAGAAAAAAAAAUCUGCAGUGGACAAAAUCUUGAUCCCUUUCUGUGGGCGGUGUUACAUUCGUCAGUACAUGCCUAAUAAACCAAAGAGUAAAUGGGGUCUAAAACUUUGGGCACGUUCCGGGGAAUCAGGUCUGUGUUAUGAUUUUGAUGUCUACCAGCGCUGCAACAAAGGUUUUUAUGGCAGCCAGGGUGGCUACCAGCUUGGGUUGGGAGCUGCUGUCGUGCUCCAGCUGUGUUCCAGCCUACCGAAGCGCGACGACAACCUAGUCGUCGCUGAUAACUUCUUCACAGGCCCUCAGCUUGUAGAGGAGCUUUCAAGAAUGGGAAUUUCCUAUAUUGGUACGGUUCGUGAAAACAGACUGAGCUGCGGCAAGUUGAUGGAUGAGAAAUUGAUGAAAAAGCAAGGUCGGGGCACCUGUGAUACUUCAGUCACUUUGUGUGACCAAAAGACAAUGGCGGCAGCGAAGUGGCAUGACAACCGCACUGUUACUCUUCUUUCGAACUGCAUUGGUGAUGACUCGCUUACAUCAGUCAAAAGGUGGGACAGCAAGGAGAAAAAGCACAUUUUUUUCGAUUGUCCAGCGAUCAUUCCUUCCUACAACAGAUCAAUGGGUGGCGUGGAUCUUCUUGACAAAAUGGGCUUCUCCUAUCGCUUUUCUAACAGGUCUAAACGCUGGUAUAUAUAUUUGUUUUGGCACACGCUCAAAAUAUCAGCUGUUAAUGCAUGGUUCAUGCACAAGAGAAUUCUCCAGCAGCACAAACGGCCGCCUACAUCCUUGAGAGAAUUUCUCUCUGAGCUCGAAACAAGUCUGAUCUUACUCAACAAACGACCACCAGGGCGCCCUUCGAUUCAGAAUGUCACACCAUUCAAGAAAGUGUGCCUAAAUGUCCCCCGGGAUGUCAGAAGAGACAGCAAGGAGCACUGGCCCACAUGGAAUGCAAAACGGAACCGCUGUAAGACAUGCCCAGGAGGGUACACCUAUGUUUCGUGUGCCAAGUGUAAGGUGAUAUUGUGUUUCAACAAAGACUGUAACUGUUUUGUUAGUUUUCACCAGUAGGCGCCAAACAGCUAUGCUUCAG